AUGUAUUUGGCGCAAGACAAUUUCUUUACUUCUUUUUUCUUUUUCGGCUUUCUUUUCAUUUAUUCAUUCAUUCAUUCUUCCUUUCUUUCUUUAUUUAUGGAUAUUCGUUCUUUCUGUCUCUCUCUCUUUCUUUUCAUAUAUUCUUUGUUUGUUUCUUUCUUUUUUUCAUACAUUUAUUCUUUCUCUCUCUCUCUGUCUUUCUUUUCAUAUAUUCUUUGCUUGUUUCUUUUUUUCUUUUCAUAUUCAUUAUUUCCAUCUUUUUUCUUUUCAUACAUUCAUUCUUUCCGUCUGUCUUUCUUUUCAUACAUACAUUCUUUCUGUCUGACUGUCUGUUUUUCUUCCUUCCUUCCUUCCUUCCUUCCUUCCUUCCUUCCUUCCUUCCUUCCUUCCUUCCUUCCUUCCUUCCUUUUCUUUCUUUCUUUCUUUCUUUUUAACCCUCGAUUCUUUCUGUCUUUCUUUCUUUCUUUUCACUUAUUACUUCAUCCGUUCUUUUUCUCUCUUUUUCCAUUUUCCAUCAUUUUUUAUUUCUUCUUUUCUUACUUUAUUUUUCUUCUUUUUGCUUGA